AGCACGAGAAGACCGUUGAAUUUUCACUUAAUGCUGCUAGUCCGUCAACUGCAGCAGAGCCAGGAAACUUUUUUAAGACCACUCAAAAAUACAAGUCCUCCAAUAACCUUAUUAUAGUAGCCACGGAGCAUUAUGAAAAUGAAGAUGGUCGUGCAAAAGUUAUUAGAGAAAGGUUGUCACAAAAAUUGGUGCCAAUUAUCCUACAACAAUAUCAAGGAAAACUGAAAAAUGAAAUUGGUUCAGGCGGAUGUGACCCAAGCAUUCAAGGCGCAAUUUAUUAUCGAGAUUACUGGACACAGCAAAGUGCAAAUUUUAUGUUCGAUACUUUUAGAAAAUUGACAUUAGAUGAUAUUAAAACGUGUCUUUAUAUGAAUCCUCAAAGCAUUUUCAAUAUACCAGAGCAACCAGACACCUAUGUAGAAAUAGAAAUUGAUCGAAAGGUAAUAGUGGCACAAAAAGAAGGUGGUUGGACACCAUUUGUCGGAAAAAAAAAACAUUUGGAAAUGACAUUUCAUGUUAUUGCGAAAACUCCAGCUAUAAAGGAAUUAUUAACAAAUAACGAGUCAUUGCAAACUCAGCAGCAAAUACAACAACAACCAUCACAGCUUGUGUCUA